CAGCUCCUACCGCUAUAAACAGGUCUGAGCAGGACUGGAGCUGCAGGCGGGGCGCAGCUUGGCCAUGGAGCACCUCCACUGCCGCCUCCUGCUCGGCCUGGUCCUGCUCGGCCUCAGCCCUGUGGCCACCAGGAAGUGCGAGCUGCAGGGCCUGUGGAGGAACGAGCUGGGCUCCAACAUGACCAUCUCAGCCCUGGAUGCAGCUGGGACCUUCUCUGGCUCCUACCAGACAGUGGUGACAACCACCAAUAAGCAGAUUCUGGUGUCACCACUGCAAGGGGCCCAGCAGCCCCCCAGCAACAAGGGGCAGCAGCCCACCUUUGGCUUCACUGUGCAAUGGCAGUUUGCAGAUUCCACCACCGUCUUUGUGGGACAGUGCUUCGUGGACCGCCGCGGGAAGGAGAUGCUGGACGUGGUAUGGCUGCUGCGGGAAGAGGUUCCUUCCCGCAAGGACACCUGGAAGGCCGUCAGGGUUGGCACCAACAUCUUCACCCGUGUCAAGUGAAGGGGAGCACUGCCUGCGCCUCAUGAUCCUGUCUGCAGCACCUGGGCUCUCUGCUGCCUCCUCACCAUGUCCUGCUGCCCACCUGUUGCAUCCCAGUACUUCUGCACCAGGAGCCAAAUAAACCCUCCUGCACUCAGCA